UGCAGGCGCUUCCGGGUUCCCUCAGGGCUUCCCUCAGGGUUUUAAAGGGGAAGCGGCGGCCGGGACCGGCCCGGGGAGGCGGCACCGGCGCCAAUUCCGGUACCGGAGCGGAGAACCGGGAGCCGCGAGCCGGAGGAUCGCGAUUGGUCGAGGGGAGAUGGAAGGAGCAGCGUCAGCCAAUCAGAGUACGGCGCUCUCCGAGGGAGCCAAUGGGAGCAAAGACGCUGAGGAAGCGGCGGCCAAUCAGCAGCGAGAUGGGGGAUUAGCAGCGGCCAAUGAGGAUGCUCCGCUGCAGGGCUCGGCCAAUGAGAGGAAGGGGAGGUGCUGCUCAGCCAAUCAGGACGCAGAGCGUGCGUGAGGUGACCAAUGACAGCAAGGAGCCAGCGGCAGCCAAUGAGGACACAGCACGCAAAGGCUCGACCAAUGAGGACACAGCACACAAAGCUUCAACCAAUCAGGAUUCAGGACAUAAAUCUCCAGCCAAUCAGGACACAGCAAUGCCAUCCACCAAUCAGAACGCAGCACCCAGACCUAAUGAGUGCCAAGCCCCGCCCCUCCAUGAUCCCACCAAUGACCUCACGCCUCUGGCCACCGCAGCCAAUCAGGCGCGAGACCCCUGGGAUUGGUCGCUGGAGGAGGCGUGGCUUCGGGCACCCGAAGAGGAGGGGCUGGCAGCGUGGGGGGCGGAGCUUCAAGGCUGGGAGGAGGAGCCUGAGGAUGAGGAGGCGGGGCUUGAGGACUGGGAGGUGGAGCUUGAGAACUGUGGGGCGGAGCCUGUGGGAGAGAGGGCGGGAUUUGAUGCACAGGGGGUGGGGCUUAAAUUACAGGGGGCGGAGCCUGAGCACUGUGAGGUGGAUCCUAAUGGCCAGGGGGUGGAGCUUAAACAUUCGAAAAGAAAAGGGGAGGCGCUUAAAGAGCAGGGGGAGGAGCUUGGGAACUGUGGGGCAGGUCCUAAAGGCCAAGGGGUGGAGCUUAAACCGCAGGGGGUGGAGCUCAAAGGCCAGGGGGUGGAGCUUGAUCACUCUGGAAUGGAUCCUAAUGCCCCGGGGGCGGAGCUUAGAGCAGAGGGGGUGGAGCCUAAAGGUUAUAGGGCGGAACUUGAGCACUGUGGGGCGGGUCCUACCGCCCAGGGGGCGGAGCUUAUCCCCGAGGGGGCGCGGCCAUCCCCUCCCGAGGCCGCCCAUUGGCAGGCCAGCCCGGACGGGGCGUGGUCCAAGCUGAUCGUGCGGCCCGGGCGCGGCCUGGCGCGGCCCGGCCCGGGCUCUCUGUGCCGCGUCCGUGUGUCCGUGCCGCGCGGGGGCCGCUCCCCGCCCUGGGCCGCUCCCGCCGCCGCCGCGGCUGCGGCCGCUGGCGGAGCGUGCGGCUGGGCUCGGCCGAGGGCCGCUGGGCGGCGCUGCUGGACGCGGCGCUCGAGACCAUGA